AGGGAGAGGGAGAGAGAGGCGGAGGAAGGGAGAGAGUUAGAGAGAAUGUGUGUGAAAGAGAGAUAGUGAUGUGUAGAGAGAGAAAGAGAUAAAAGGCACUGAAAAGAGAUGAAGAUUUGCCGCAUGGUCGAUUUUAAACUCCUUAAUGGUGAUUCAUAGGAUUAUUAAUUGGUGAUCCAAGAGAAGCAACAAAGAAAUGUGAUGUAAUCGAUAGAGUAAUACAAACUUUUUGGACACUGGCGCAUCUCUGAAAGAUCAGCUGAAGAUCCUGCGGACGAUCUGUACUCUCUACUAUGUUGCUACCGAGCAUAAAGUAUUAAGAGACCAUUUGGAAGGGUCAAAUUCACUGCACCUGGGAUUGUUCGGUGGGGGACUUCUUCUGAGAGCUGAAUGAGAAUAUACAAAAGGAAACAAGCCGAGGCCCGAAGAACAAUGGGACGUCACUUGAAAAAACACACUUUUAGAGUCCCCCGAAUCGAUCAUUAGUAUACCCAUACCUGGGCACACAUACAUGACAUCACCACAUAAGCGCCGUCCCCUGGCCUUCCGUUGUUUGGAGAAUAGACGGGACCUGUGAAGAACAUGUUCAAGCGUUGGAUGGGGCUCGGGCGCAUCGGGGGCUUCGGAGUCCUCCUCUGCUGCUGCCUCGGCCUGGUCUACAUUCUGGCCUGCAGACCCGUGGUGGGCCCCAACCAGCAGGCUCUGCUGUGGGCCGGGGGGGCCAACAGCAGAGAGGGGUACAUGGCCUUGUUGCAGGAGAGGGAGGACUCCCAUCGGCACUACAUCAACAGCCUGACCAAGCAGAUAGCCCAGCUGAAGGACGCGCUCCAGGAGCGGACCCAGCAGCUCCAGGAGUCCCUGGAGAGGGCCAAGACCAAGGGGGUCCUCCCGUUGGGCCUGGAGAGCCUCCACAAGGCCCCCGAACAGAACGACCUCAAGGAGUUCUUCCGCUCCCAGCUGAACCAAGCGGAGGUGAGCGCAGGUCUGAAGUUUUCCAGCGAGUAUGCGGUCAUACCCUUCGACACCUUCACGCUGGGUCGGGUGUACCAACUGGAGACAGGGCUGACCAGACACCCAGAGGAGAGGCCUGUGAGGAAGGACCGGAGGGACGAGCUGUUAACCACUCUGGAGACGGCUCUCCACGUCCUCAACGGACCCCAACAGCACAGCGACAUCACCGCGGGGAAGCGCACAUAUGCUCCGUCUGACUUCCUCCAAGGGCUGACACGUACAGAAAGGGACCGGGGAACGGUGUACGAGAUGCUGUUUAAAGGCGGGGGCGUGCACGACUACACCCGGCUGGUUUUCUUCCGGCCCUUCGGCCCCGUGAUGAAGGUGAAGAGCGAGAGGGUGGACACGGCCAACCUGCUCAUCAACAUCAUCUUGCCCCUCUCCAAGAGGGCCGAUGCCUUCAGACAGUUCAUGGGCAAUUUCAGAAAGGUGUGCAUUAAUCAAGAUAACGUGGUCCACCUCACUGUGGUGUACUUCGGUCGAGAUCAGAUCGACCAGGUGAAAGCUAUUCUGGACCGGACCACUAGGGAGACUCGGUUCCGUAACUUCACACUGAUCCAGAUGAACGAGGAGUUCUCCCGAGGCCGGGGCCUGGAGGUGGGGGCCCGGGCCUGGAAGAGGAGCCAGAACGCUCUGCUCUUCUUCUGCGACGUGGACAUCCUCUUCACGCCGGACUUCUUAACCUCAUGCAGACUCAACGCAGAGCCCGGUAAGAAGGUCUACUACCCAGUGCUCUUCAGCCAGUACAACCCAUCCCUCAUCUACAGCAACCUGACACAGCCCCCCCCAAUUGAACAGCAACUGGUGAUACAAAAGGACACAGGGUUCUGGAGGGACUUUGGUUUUGGUAUGACAUGCCAGUACCGCUCUGAUUUCCUCAACAUAGGUGGGUUCGAUCGGAGCAUCAAAGGUUGGGGAUUGGAGGACGUGCAUCUGUACAGGAAGUAUCUUCACAGCAAGCUCAUGGUGAUUCGUUCUCCCUCGCGUGGCCUCUUUCACUUCUGGCAUGAGAAGCACUGUGCGGAUGAGUUGACUCCGGAUAAGUACAAGAUGUGUAUGCAGACCAAGGCCAUGAGCGAGGCCUCGCAUGGCCGCUUGGGGGAGCUGUUCUUCAAGCAACAGAUUGAGGACCAUUUGAGAGCUCAAAACCAAAGGAGUUGAGGCAAUGUGGGAUGUUAUACUUCGGUCUCAAAGUACAACCAUGAUCUGUGAAUCAAAUGUAUCAAAUUGUGAUGAUAUUGCGAAAUUAUUUUUGUCAGA